CUCUUCUGAUUUGUCAACAACAAUCCUCUAGCUUUAAACCUACCCCAUUUCGAUUUCGCAUCCACUCUUGUUUUUUUUUUUUUUCCUGUUAAAUAUGUGAAAAGAGAGAAGAAAGAAGACGUUUUCAGCUUUGGAUUCUCUGUUCUGUGAGUUAUUACAAUGGCGGUUCAAGCACAGCUGUAUCCUGAAAUUCUUGGCUUGCCCGUGUCUGGCUUUCAAGAUUGUUGGGUGGUUAGUCCCGUUUCUGCGUUUGAACCUGAUUUUGAUUUUUGUUUUCAAGAUCCUCAGCAUGCUCUGUUCCCUCAACAAAACAUGGGUAUUCAUCGUUCCAACAGGGGACACAAUGCCUCUUGUUCUUCAUCUUUGACACGUGAUAGUUUUCUAUCCAUGGCACUUUCUCAAUCUCUAGAUGCCCAACUCCAUAUGCAAAAGCAAGAACUCGACUCCAUUCUCCAAUUGCAGAACGAAAGGCUAAGAUGUGCUUUAGAAAGGCAAACGAAACAACAAUUGGCGAUUUUGCUAAAUAAUAUGGAACCAAAGGCGUUCUCUCUGAUGAAACAAAAGGAAGAAGAGUUGGCUCGAGCAACUACUAAAACGAUGGAGCUCGAAGCCUGCCUAAGGAAAACAGAGAUGGAAACAGAGUCCUGGAAGAGAUUAGCCAGAGCCAAUGAAGCAAUGGUGAUGGAUCUGAGCAAGACUCUCGAACAGGUCAGAGAAAGACUAGUCCUCGUCAACGACACAACCGAAGAUGCAGAAUCAUGUUUUUCGUGUCAUAAAGAACAAGAAUCAAAGGAGGAAGAAGAAAGCAUAAGGAUGGCUUGUAAAAACUGCAAUUCUAGGAGCUCGUGCAUGCUGUUUCUCCCCUGCAGACACCUCUGCUCGUGCAAGAACUGUGAAACUUUUCUGGGUUCUUGUCCUGUCUGUAAAUCUGUAAAGGAAGCAAGCAUGGAGGUAUUUUGGGUCUAACAAGAAAGGCACAAACCAUAGGAAAGCACAAGAAAGAAAAAUUUCUUGGGAAGCAAACUUCUGCUGCCGAUGUAGUACAUUAUGGUGUCCUGUCUUCGGGUUUUUUAUUUUUAUUUUUUAUGUUUCUUUUUUGGGUCUAUGUUAACAGAUUGUUUUUGGUACUGCAACUGCCCAGGGUCGAACAUGAAAUGAAAUGCUGACAGGAUGAGUUUGGUCAUGAAUCUUUUUGUAUCUUUCCCGGAUUAACUACUUAUAAAAUUCCAGAUUUAGA